AAAUUGCGAAAAGACUUACGCUAGUUAUAAUAAUGCUAAAGGCUUUUUCCAAUCUCUAAUAACUUCAAUCAAAAAUAAUAAUUGCUGUUAAGUAGAGGUCAAAUUGCUUUAUCGCACGAACAGAGCGGAGAUUAAAUUAUUACAUGCUUGAAAAGUCCCCUUUUAUAUAAGUAAGGUCGCGAGAUAACGGCUGUUUUUUUCGAGUAUCCACAAAAGAUAUCUCUAAUGACUUUCUGAUUUCAAAUUUUGCGCCAUUUUUGCUUAUGUUGGUAGCGCUGUUGAUCAACAAAUUCUCGCGUUUCUAUUGGUGGAUAAUUUCUUCGAGGAAAAAAAUGUUUGCGGCGGCGGCUCCAUGUUGCUCACAUUGAAAAUCUCAAAGAAAUAAUCAAAAACUCCAUAAUAAAAGUGAUAAUUAUCGUCUUGCCUUGAGUAAUUAAAGUGCUAGUGUUACCGUAGUGGUGGAAGUAAAGUUGAGGUUGUGGAAAUGUCACGGUACGGCUCCGAUUGUAAAGUUUACGUUGGUGAUUUGGGAAAUAGCGCUUCUAAGCAAGAAUUAGAGGACGCAUUUAGAUAUUAUGGACCUUUGAGAAACGUCUGGGUUGCAAGGAAUCCGCCAGGGUUUGCUUUUGUCGAAUUUGAGGACGCCAGGGAUGCCGAAGAUGCAAUAAGGGGGCUGGAUGGUCGUACCAUUUGCGGCCGUAGGGCUCGUGUGGAGAUGUCAAACGGAAAGAGUGGAAGCGGGCGUUAUAGAGGCCCCCCGCCUAGAUCUCGUGGAAGGCCUUUUCAUCCUGAUGACCGUUGUUAUGAAUGUGGAGACAGAGGGCACUAUGCAAGAGACUGUAAUAGAUAUAGACGUGGUGGAAGGCACAGGUCACGCAGUCGUUCGAGAAGUCGUUCACGUGAUCGCAGGAGUCGUUCCAGAAGUAAUUCUAGAUCACGCAGCAGAUCACGAAACCGUUCUAGAUCACGUUCUGGGUCUGGAAAAAGAAGCAGAAGCAGGUCGCGAAGUGGCGAUAAGAACUCUAGAUCCAGGUCUAGAUCUCGCAGCCGUUCUGCUCCUAAAGAAAAUGGAAAUGCCACCGAAAAAGAUUAGGUUCAAUGUUGUUUUGUUUUCUUUCUUUGACGUUAAUUAGGUGGUGUGUUGUAAAUUUUUUUAAAUUUGAUUUGAUUGAUUCAUUGCCAUAAUUUUGAAACAGUAAUAAAAUAAAAAUGCACUUGUAUUAAUAAGUGUUUAGUGUAUAAAAAUAUAUAAUCACAUGAAACAA